AUGGAAUUAUUUGGGCAAGAAAUUGUGAAAAUAUGUAAGGGUUUACCUUUGGCUGUAAAGACACUUGCUGGCCUCUUGCGGGAUAAAAGAGAGAGUAGUCAAUGGAAAGCUAUUUUGGAGAAUAAAAUAUGGGAUUUCAGCGAAAGUGAGAUCCUUCCAUCACCCAUGUUGAGCUACCAUCAUCUGCCACCACUUCUGAAGAGAUGUUUUGCAUACUGUGCUUUGUUUCCCAAAGACUAUAUAUUCAACAAGAUGGAAUUAGUCGUCUUGUGGAUGGCGGAAGGUAUUGUUCAACCAAAAGAAAGAAAACGGCUGGAAGAUGUAGGGGCUGGGUAUUUUGACGAACUAUUUAUGAGGUCCUUCUUUGAGUUAUCUAAUCAUCGUCAUGCUUUGGCGGGACGCCCGUUGUUUAUUGACUUAUCAAAAGAGCUUAGCACAAGAUCAUUUUUUGAGUCAUCCUGUAUCACGGGAUCAGGAUUUGUGAUGCACGAUCUGAUCCAUGAUUUAGCACAAUUUGUUUCAAGUGGAAUAUAUUGUAGGAGAGUGUAUGAUAAGCCAUCCCAAGUUCUUACUACAGCCCGUCACUUGUCCUAUGUUAUGGACAGUUAUGAUGCUGAGAAGAUAGAAUUUGAGACCAUGAAAAGCUUACGCACCUUUCUAACUCUAAAUGAUAUUGUAGGUAAUCCCAUGUACUUUUUGCCCACCAUGCAAUUCCAAUUCCACUUCCUGCGUGUGCUACGUUUCAGAAAUUGUUGCAAUUGUGAAUUGCCUAAUUCAGUUGGCAAGUUGAAACAUCUACGGUUUCUUGAUCUCUUGUUUUCUGAUAUUGUGGAGUUACCCAACUCAAUUGGAAAUCUUUACAAUCUACAAUUGUUGACCCUUACUGGCUGUGGGAGGCUUAAACAGUUGCCUAAAGAUAUGGGUAACCUUGUAAACCUUCGAUAUCUUGUUCUCCCUGCACAUUGGGGUUUCCAUAAAAUUCCAGUAGGAGUGGAUAACUUGACUAAUCUUCAACUGUUGGCCACACUCGAUGCGGGGCCAAGAAAAAAGUUGUCCCAACUCUGUGGGACUCUGGACAAUUCAAAUUUGGAA